AUGAGAGGAUACAGAGCCAUCAAGUACAUUUUAUUCUUCUGCUGCUACGUCUUCUGGGUUGUGAGCGCCGGGCUCAUAGCGGUGGGGGUCUACGCCAAGAUCGCCAAGGAGAAAGAUGUAGUCGACACUCUGACAGUCGAUCCAGCUCUGCUGUUGAUCGUCGUUGGCUCGGUGAUGUUCCUCAUCACAUUCCUCGGAUGUUUCGGGGCGCUGCGUAACGCCACCUGCCUGCUGAAGUUGUUUCUGGGGAUCCUGGUGGUCGUCCUGCUGCUGCAGAUCGCUGCUGGGGUGGUGGGAUAUCUCUUCACUGACAUGGUGAUGGAGAGGACGGAGAGGUUGAUGAUGAAGGCCAUCGUCCGAUACAGGGAGGACCAGGACCUGGAGAACGCCAUCGAUUUCAUCCAGAAGAAGUUUCAGUGCUGUGGAGUAGAAAGCUACAAGGACUGGUCCCACAACGUCUACUUUGAGUGUACAGACACCAACCCCAGUCUGGAGUUCUGUGGAGUUCCCUUCUCCUGCUGCAUUCACCUGCAGAACCAGACCGUGCUGAACACCAUGUGUGGUUAUGGGAUGCAGCAGCUGCAGCAGCAUACGGCCGCUCAGGGCAUCUUCACCAUUGGCUGUCUGGAGAAAAUCGUAUGGUGGGCCAAAAAUAACCUGCUGCUGGUGGCUGGUCUGACCGGCGGCCUGCUGCUGCUCGAGGUCUUCAUGAUCGGUCUGGCUGCCACUCAGAUCUCCAGGAUAAAGAAAGUCCAACAACAAAAGAAAGAAAAUGCAGAGAGAGGGAAGUCGGAGAGGAAGGACAGCUACUGGUAUCCUGCUUUUGCAAACUUCGAUGAUGAAUAAAAUCUCAUUAUGACAGAUCAUAAGCUGUUGUGGAGACAGAUCAGGGAUGUAAUGAGGGAUUUCCACUCACUCUGGGUCAGAUAAUGAGAUCUGAACGUUUAGACUUGCUCUGUUUACACUGUGAAUUUAUAGUUUUAGUCAUGUUUCUGAUGCCUCAGCAGGACUCAGCUGCUGGAAGUUAAACUACUACCUCUUUAAAACCUUUACAUCACAUUUCUCAUAAAGAUAAGAAAGUCAGUUCUGAACAAACUGGUCACUUAUAAAAUAUUUAGCAUUUGUAAUUCAUCACACUGAUGUUUGUCAAUCUUGAUCCACAACAUAGAAGUUAUUUUUUUAUAUUAUAGAAGCUGUAACUUGUAGAUGAAUUCAAACUGAACACAGACAUUUGCAGAGUUUUCCUCCUACAGCAGACGUUGUGUACUUUGUAUUAACAAUGUGUAUUUUCUAUA